AUGAUUGGCAGAAAACCUCUUAGGGCGAUGCCGAGUCGGGGGGCAGUGGGAAUGACUAUGGCGGUGGCGGUGUGGAUGGGGCUUGCGGGCGUGCUGGCGGGGCUGGUGGCGUGGAGGGUGCAGAAGGGCUUCGACGACAAUCGCAAGGCGGAGCUCGACACCUGGUGCGCCGGUCGCGCGCGCUCGCUGCAGCAGCAGUUCAUGCUCACCGCCGACCACGUGCAGGUGCUGGCGGGGCUGGCGACGGUGUUCGGCGGCGUGAGGACCAACCCCUGGGCGGUGGGCAGCUGUCUCACGCAGCGGCGCUUCGUGCACCUCGUGGAGCGCACAGUGGCGGCACAGCCAUGGGUGCACGCCGUGGGGUACAUGGCCGUCAUCAACGGCUCUGACAGGUCGCCUCAUACUCCCCCCUCCUCCUUCCCCCCGCCUUUCCCUUUCCUCCCCACCUUCCCCUACCUCGCCCCAUUCCCCUGCCUCCUUUUCUUCCUCCGAACCGUUCCCUUAUUUCUCCUUUCCCUCGUCCCCCCUUUCUCCCCACCCUCGCCCCUUUCUCCUCUCCCUCGCUCCUUUCUCCUCUCCCUUCGCCCCUCCCCUCCCCCUUCCCUUCGCCCUAUUCUCCCCUCCCUCGCCCUUUUCUCCCCUCCCUCGCCCCUUUCUCCCCCCUUUCCCCUUUUCUCCCCUCCCUCGCCCCUUUCUCCCCUCGCUCGCCCUUUUCUCCCCUCCUUCACCCUUUCUCCCCUUUCUCGCCUCUUUCUCCCCUCCCCUCCCCUCCCUCGCCCAUUCAUCCCCUCCCUCGCUGCCCUUCCUCCCGUCCUUCCCCCCACCAUCCAUUCUCUGUCUCACAUCCACGAGAGACCCAAGGUCGUGCAAAGAGAGGCGGCCUUUGAGCAGCAGGCGCAGUGCAAGCUGUUGGACAUUCUGGGCAAGCCAGCCCCGGAGGCAGACUGGUACAUGAACUCGCGCGUGUGGUUCCAGGAGAACCCGCCCAUACCGCUGCUCAAGUUGACGUCCACGUGUGUCAACGUGCGCACACACCCCUCGUACGGCCCCGGGCUCUCCCGCAUGCACCAGCUGCCCGCCAACCAGCUCAACAUGCCCUACGUGCUGGACAAUGGCGAGGCUGGCAUGGGCAUGGGCUUUCCAAUCUUCAGGGACGGCGUCACCACGUCGUCGCCGCUGGAGGAGAGGCGAGCGGCGCUGGUGGGGCUGAUAGCGGCGUCCAUCGACUUCAAGAGCCUCGCCGCCUUCAUCAUUAGCGAAGUGCUCCGCCAAGGCGCGGACUAUUCUCUGGAGGUGUAUGACGUCACCCCCACGGAUUUCCUCCCCAACUCCUCCACCCCGCUGGGCCCGCGCCUGCUGUACGGGGUGGGCGACUUGCCUCAAGGCGACCCCAUGCAAGUGGCCAAGCUCAUUCCGCCUUCCAACCAAACCAUGCUGCAGCCACACCGCCACAAGUCCGUGCAGCAGAUCAACCUCACCGACACAUCAAGAUCGUACCAGCUCUGGUGCCGCUUUAGCGGCGCGGACGCGGUCGUCAGCUGGACAACCGUGCUGUUGGCGGUGGUGAUCGUGGUGGUGGCGGCGCUGCUGGCGGCUAUUGGAGUGAGUGUGGCGUGCAACACACGCGGCGUGCGGGAGAAGGUGGCGGCGCUGGCGAUGCUCAAGGAGAGAACGCAGGCGGCGGAGCGCAACAAGAGUGCCUUCAUCGCCAACACGGCGCAUGAGCUGCGCACCCCCAUCAUCGGCCUCAAGGGCAUGUUGGAGGAGCUGGCGGAGGGGGAGGUGGACGGGCGGCAGAGGGAGGACGUGGGGACGGCGGUGGGCGAGGUGGAGCGCAUCGUGGCGCUCAUCAACGUCGUGCUUGACGUCUCCAAGGCCGAGGCCGGCCGCCUCCACAUGGAGCACCUGCCCUUCCACACGCGCUCCUGGCUCAGGGACGCGCUGCACUCCCAUGCCUGCGCCGCCCACGCGCGCAACCUCAACUUCACAUGCCGUGUGGAUACGAGUGUGCCCGAGGUGCUGGAGGGGGACUACAUGCGCCUGCAGCAAGUGGUGGACAGCAUUGUUGACAACGCCAUCAAGUUCACGGCCAGUGGAAGCGUGUGUGUGCGGCUGCAGUGCCUUCCCCCCGACACCCACAUUCCCACCCACCUGCUCUCCCUCGGCUGCCUCGUCGCCGAACCCACCCGCGGCUGCUCCUCGCCCGCUGCUGCUGCUGAUGCUGCAAGUGUGGAGCAGGCAGCAGGGCCUUUCUCAUGGAGGGAGCAGGUGGAGCAGCGCGGGCUGCUGUGGGCCGUGAUGGGCAACUGGCAACCGCCGCUGCGCCAUCAGCUGUCCUCACUCAGCGCCCGCUUCUCCAUGAGCCCCUGGCGCAUCCCUCUGGGGGAAGGGGGGGGCCGGGGGGAGGGGGAGGGGGAGGGGGAGGGGGAGGGGGAGGGGGAGGGGGAGGGGGAGGGGAAGGGGGAGGAGGGUGCGGAGCAAGGGGAGGAAGGGUGUAUUGCUGCAGAACACGAGUGCAGGGAAGGUGAGGGGGCUGCGGAGCAAGGGAGAGGUGAGGGCGCGGGUGCAGCAGUGCGGGCAGUAGGUGGAAGGGGUACGACAGGGGGAUCAUGUGGUGUGCAGCAAGGAGGAGGGGAGAGUGGUGGGAGGGAGAAAGAAGGGGAGGGUGGCGCUGGUUGGAGAGGAGGUGGGGGGGCUUCGUUGAUGCAUGGCAGAGAGGAGAGAGGUGUUGACUUGAAUAGAGCGGACCCAUGUGCUGCUGCCGGUGCAGGGGAUGCACGUGAGGGGGGUGCGCGUGAGGGGGAGACAAGUGGGAGGAGAGAUUGUGGGGUAGGUGGCACAUGUGAAGCAGGGAGUGUAGCAGCAGCAGGUGGCAGUGGCGGCAGGGGCACAUGGAGGGAUGCAGUGAGGAGCUGGUGGCAGGGGCCUGUUGAAGAGGAGAGCCCGGUGCUGCUGGGGGAUGCUGAGAGGCGGUGUGUGGUGCUGGUGACAUGUGAGGACACGGGGUGUGGCAUCGCAGAGGAGGAGCAGCGCGAUGUGUUUCAGGCGUUCAUGCAGGCACACCAGAAAAGACACGCGCAUGGCGGCAGCGGCAUGAGCCUUCACUUGUCUCGCCAGCUGGUGUCCCUCUUAGGCGGCAGCAUGGGUCUGAUCAGCACAGAGGGCCUCGGCACCACUCUGCAUGUCGCUGUGCCCCUUGCUGCUACAGCAUCUCCUCCACCUCCUGCUACUUCCCCUGCUGCUUCCCCUGCUGCUCAUCCCACCACUUACUCUGCCCCAUCUGCUGCUGGUAGUGGUGCUGACGUGGGGGGCGAGCGCAGCCCCGUUGCGAGAGUGGGCAACAGAAGCUUGAGUGCGAGCGAGGGGCUGGGAUGUAGAAAGGCGGAGGGCACAAGCGUGGUGGAGAGGGCGGGUGAGAAGGUGGUGAGCGCCAAGGACGCUCUUAAGGAGCUGCUUCACGGCAUGGCUAUCCUGGUAGUGGACGACAACGUGAUCAGCCGUCUCUCCGUUCUCAUACCCCCCGUAUCUUCUCCUUGCAACUCCCCGCACUGCCAGGUGGUGGACGACAAUGCCAUCCCCGUGCCUCCAUGCUCAUACCAUCCGGACCCCCCUUAUACAUCCUCGCACUGCCAGGUGGUGGACGACAAUUUGAUCAACCGGCGGGUGGCAGCGAGCACGCUGGCGCGGUAUGGGGCGGAGGUGGCGCUGGCAGAGUCGGGCGAGGCGGCGCUGCGCCUGCUGCAGGCAACCCACUCCUUCCGCCUCGUGCUCAUGGACCUCCUCAUGCCCGGCCUCGAUGGUUUCCAGACCACCGCCCGCCUGCGCGCCCACGAGGCCGCCACUCAGAUGGCUCGGGAAGAACAGGGAGAACAGGGGUUGCAGCGCAUGCCAGUGGUGGUGGAGAGUGGGGCAGAGGGCAGGGACGGGGAGGGGGGAUGGCAGCCGCAGCAGCGCGUUCAUGUGGUGGCCAUGUCAGCAGAUUUGGACAGUGCUGUUGCUGCCCUUGCCGCAGAGGCUGGCAUGGAUGGAGCCGUGCAGAAGCCUCUCAAUGAGAGAGUGCUGCUGCAGGUGCUCUCAACACUGUUUGUGAAGAGACGGAGGUACAGAACCCACUCGAUGUACUAA